GAAACUCCGGUUAUGCUUUGGUGCAAUGAUAUGAAACCAUACCAUACAUCGAUAAACACACGUGGAAUUUACUGACAUGGUUAGCCAGUAGAUAUUGACUGGCGUGUGAAGCUGAUGACCCAGCAAAGCCAUUACCAUUACUGCUACUGUGAUGGAGUAUGUCAUCACGAGAUGUAUUAUGCAAGGGCUGUAAGCAGCUGCUUGUAUUUGCAAGUCGACCCAAUUCUAACAAAGCAGCCAUAUGCCGGAUAAACAGGUUUAAUUAUGCCAGGACAUAUCCAACAAUGGUUGUGCAGCCUGACGGAUCAACAAUAACUGUAAGAUACACUGAACCCAGGAGAAUCAUAAAGCUUCCUUUGGAUCUAGAAACUUUAUCUGAAGCUGACCGACGGAAGAGAUUGCAAAGAAGGAAGCCAAAGAAAAAAAUAGUGAUAGAAGAUGAGAUAGAGGACGAUUUUGAUGCUGAUAGAUACAGCCACUUGUGGAAGAAGAAGUAGAACAGGUGUUCCAUGCAUUGUCUGUGUUUGUGUGUGGCUAUGUACAGCUGAAGAAAACUAGUUUGAGAUCAGUGUAGAUCUAUGCAAGUGACCAUGAAGACCACAUUUGUACUGUUAGUAAUUGUGUAAUGUGUACACUUCAUGAAAUGACAAUCUGUAAAAUAAAUAUUUUUAACAUUUGA